AUGAGUGAAGGUGAUCUUCAUUUCCAUGAUCUUCCUUUCGAGUUGGUGUGUGAAAUCUUGGACUACUUGCCUCUACCGGAUAUUAAAAAUGCCUCCAUCGUCUGUCGCCGUUGGAAUGCAAUCAUCUUCUCCGAGGUGUACAUUCAUCGGUUCCGGUUGCAGGUGAACCUCGACCACUCGUUGCCAGUGUUGAGGCAGAUGGCACAACUGCUGGAAGCGAGCGAUCGCGAGUACUACAGUGUGGUGCUGCGGGCGAACCUCGGCAGCCCCUUGACGGAUGCACGGCUGCGAAUAGUGAAGCUGAUGAUACGCCUGCUGGCCUAUCGCUCCGAGUCGCUGUACUUCAACAUGGCGGACUUUAGGAUUGAAUCGUGCGUCUCCGAACGGUUGCUGCGUGGCCGCAAGCUGCAGGUCAUCGACACCCGCGCAAAGUACAUACCACUCGGCAUGGGUUUGAAGGAAUCGAUGCUGGCCGCCAUUUGUGAGUAUGCCGUCGAUCUGGUUGACCUAGUGAUUGCCGAGAUGAACAUUAACAACCCGAAAGCCCUUGUGCCGCUGUCUUCACUGAAGCAUCUGAAGCUGUUGCUGAUUAGCGAUUACUACCCGUACGUAAAGCCGCCGGAACCACCGAUCCAUCUGCCCAACCUGGAGAAUCUGUCGCUGAUCAAGGUGACGGACGAAUCGUGCCACUACUUCCGGGUGGAUAAUUUGAAGCGUUUCUUCAUCCAUUCGACCGGCACGGAUGCACCGCGCACGAUGGACUUUAUCACGCAAAACAUUACGCGCGUGAACAGAUUGUGUCUGCACUUCACCGCUCGGUCGAUACAGGCCGAUGUGAUCUUUGGCUGGCUUGAUCGAUUCCCGAACCUGCUUGCGCUGGAACUCGCCGGAGUAGCACUGCCCGUCGAUGUGCUGAAGUAUCUCAGUCCAGCCAAUCGAUUGCAGAAGCUAAUCUUCGUGUCCUGCCAUCUGGAAUCGAUACAGCUGGACGGGUUGGGUGAGAAACUAACCCACCUUCGGCUACUCUGUUUCGAUGGAUGCUCACUGUUCCACAAGCAGUCCGGCUUUCAUCCCAUACAUUACGACGACAUUGAGCAACUCCGACAGAUACUUCCGCGCUGUACGGUGAUGUUGGAUUACGACUGA